GGCGGAGGAUGCCAGGACGCCACUUGGAUUCAAACCUCCAUUUCACAUUUUCACUGCUCCCCCACGAAAUCCCUAGACUACCCCUGCCCUCCCGGGUCUCCUCCUCCCUGGGCGGAACGGAGCUGUGGCCAACCACACCCCUCCCCCCUUCCCGUCCUUCCCCCAGCUCAGCUUCCUAGGGUUUCCUCCCGAUCCAACCCCGACCUCCAUGGCCAAGACCAAGCAGGGCAAGAGGGACAUCGACUCCUACACCAUCAGGGGCACCACCAAGGUCGUCCGAGUCGGGGACUGCGUGCUGAUGCGGCCGUCGGACACGGACAACGCGCCCUACGUGGCCCGGGUGGAGAGCCUGGAGUCGGACGGUCGGGGGAGCGUGCGGGUGCGGGUCCGCUGGUACUACCGGCCGGAGGAGUCCAAGGGCGGCCGCCGGCAGUUCCACGGGGCCAAAGAGCUCUUCCUCUCCGACCACUUCGACACGCAGAGCGCACACACCAUCGAGGGCAAGUGCAUCGUUCACUCCUUCAAGAACUACACCAAGCUCGACAACGUCGGCCCGGAGGACUUCUUCUGCCGAUUCGAGUACAAGGCGGCCACCGGAGCGUUCACCCCCGACCGUGUCGCCGUGUACUGUAAGUGCGAGAUGCCGUACAACCCAGAUGACCUCAUGGUGCAAUGCGAGGGAUGCAAAGACUGGUUCCAUCCAACCUGUAUGGGAAUGACCAUUGAGCAGGCCAAAAAGUUGGAUACUUUCCUGUGUGCGGAUUGUGCUAAAGAAAAUGGUGCAAAGAGGCCUUCAAAUUCAUACCCGAGUUCACCAAGUUCUGAUUCUAAGGUUGAGCCGAAAAGGCGGAAGAGGUAAUCGCUUCAACAAAAACCAUCCCCGGUGAGGAGAUGCACUGUUUAUGGCGUCAGCCCUCCAUUGCUGGUGCAGAAAAAAACGUGGCGUUGUACAGUGCAUGAGAUGAGCUAGGCUAUUUAACUGUAGGAUUGAAAUUAUGUUUGCUGCUGUAUCUCGGGAGCGUUUCCUGCAAUCUAGGUAUCGGCGAGAAGGAAAUCGGGAAUUGUACUGUCAUUUGCUCUUGUCAAAGUAGCCCUUGUGUGUGAAUUAACUUGUUCCCUGCAGGAAACGUUUCCGUUUCCUGUGUGAAUGAUGAUGAUGAGCUUGACUGUUGUAGUUUCAUAAUUUAGAUGUGUCAGAGUCUUAUGAACUGGUGACCAUGACGACAUGUUUAUGUUGUUUCAAUAAUUCUGCAAUAAUCCGUGCUA